UAGAAAUGAGAAAAGGAAAGAUUUUUAAAAUAGUAGGUGGAAAAGGGAAGAAUGGUCUUCCACAGAAUGACAUCUGCAAUGUCCUUUUCCUUGCCCUUGCCUCUCUCUCUCUCUCUCUCUCUCUCUCAUGAUUAUAUAUCAGUCUUUAAAAGCCUUCCUACAACUUCCACAUUCUUCACCAUUCAAAAACCAAAACCCAACUCAUUCAUCCAACCGCAUUUUUGGCUUUGCUUCUCUAGAAGUAGCGCAUUUUCUCUAGUGCUUCUUUCUACUUGUAACUCUACCGUGCCAAUGUCCACCUCCAAAACCUCAGAUAAACCCUUUAAAGCUCAUGAGCAGGGCCAGGCACAGAUGGGUUUUGCUUCUGUGCUUCAGAGGAACACACCUCCCUCUCAGUCUGGUGAGAGAAGGGGCCGAAGAAAGCAAGCAGAGCCAGGGAGGUUUCUUGGGGUGAGGAGAAGGCCUUGGGGAAGAUAUGCUGCUGAAAUUCGAGACCCUAGCACUAAAGAAAGGCACUGGCUUGGCACAUUUGACACUGCUCAAGAAGCAGCUCUGGCUUAUGACAGAGCUGCUCUGUCCAUGAAAGGCUCACAAGCAAGAACCAACUUCAUUUAUUCUGACAACACCACUUUUCACUCUCUCCUAACACCGUUUGAUCUCCAAAACCUUUUACCACAACAAUCACAGUUUUUCUCAGCUGCCAAACAACAACCCACCAAUCACAACAGUCCACCUCAUCAGUCUGGCAUUUUUCAGAAUGAUCAAACUCAAAACCCCAAUAUCAGGUCCAAUAACAUUAACACAUGUGGAGCUGAAACCUCUCGUGGUUCAUCUGCACAUGAUGGGGAUGAUGAUGAUUUCUUUUUCUCCAAUGGUUCUAAUUCUAACUCAGGCUACUUGGCCUGCAUAGUUCCUGACAACUGCUUGAGGCCUCCUUCUGAAUCUGAUCAUCAUGCCACUAAUCACAGAAGCUCCAAAACCAGUGACUUCAAUAUUGAUCAAGAUUGUAGCUUUGCAAACACUAACUCCAUUGAAACCAAAUCACAUUGUCUAGAUGUUAUGAAUGUGCAAGCUGCAUUAAUGGCUUCUAACACUAGCCCUUCUGGAGAUCAGCUUCCUAGCUUUGAUGGAUUCAGCCAUGGAUUCUGGGACAACCAGCAGCCAAUAUGGGAGUUGCAUUCAAGAGAGCUGUCUGCGGCCAUGGUGGACAAUCCGUUCAUGAUUGAAGAUGGAUGCAUGGGAGGAGCUUUGUAUCCAAUCGUCGAAAAUUCUAGUUUUGGCUUAAUACCUCAGGCAACUACUUCUCCUUCUUCGUUCUCUUGCUCUCCAUCAGUUCCUCCUUUUGGUGAUGCAGUCUUUGAGUUUGGCCAGUCACUCUUUUGAUUAACUUUUGGUGGGUGCAUCCAUGGAUUGUCAAGUGAAUUUAAUUUAUGUGCAUGCACUCUUUUGUUUGUUCGUUUUUUUUUUUUUUUUUUCUGUCUUGGGUUUUUUUUUCCCUUCUUCUUGCAACUCCUUCUUUCAUUGUAACUACCCUAAAAAAACCUCCAUUGGAGCCAUUUGAGGAGGAGAUUUAGAUCAAUGUUUACUAUGGCUCUUACAAGUUUUAAUGGAAAUUGUUUGAAAGAAAUCUAGUACUACUUUAUGAAGUCUUUGUCACAUAUAUCUUUUGCACCCAUGGCAUUUCAUAAUACUGCCUAUAGCUUAGCUCUUUAUGGA